UUGUGGCCCGAUGGAAGAGCCGCGCGGAGGGACGAGAGGGUGCGGAGUCCGCGUGUCGUUGACAGCAGCGGCGGCUAGGAGGCCUCGGUGAGGCCAGUGAAGCGUCGCUCGACAGUCGAAGCCGGUCUCUCGGCGUGCGAGUAUCGAGAGUAUCGCGAGGUUCCGCCGUACGUUCGUUCUUGCCUCGCGACGCGAACUUGUCACCUGUCAAGUCACGCUCGCCGCACAAAGUAACAUAACAUAUCGGAAUUUCAAGUCAGUCGAGAGUCUUAACAUCGCGUUUCUUCCCUCGAAUUUUGCCGCGUGUGUCGCGCUGACGAACCAUCGAGUUCUCGAGAUCCCCCCGUUGUGCGUUGAUUCGUGUCGUGCCCGUUCGGCAACUGCGUUUCCGCUCGCGUGUGUCCAGUGUGCAGAAGUGUGUGGAUGCGACGGCGGAACCAUAGCCGCCGAGAUUGCCGCGAGGACGUUCCCCCCUGGCCGGUUAACUCCUAGGUAUGCAGAUUCAGGCUGUUGCCAGUGGAAGACGCAAAGGCUGGCAUUUAACUUCCUAAUUUCCAAUUCGAGCGGUCAGGAAGCCUCGUCGGAAAGAAAAUUACGCUAGAGGGAAGUUCUGCUUCGGUUGUGAAAGGAGUUACCGAGGUGUGAGUGUCUACGCGAGUAUAAGAGUUUUCCGGCUCGAUUCCCAAAACUUUCACGGUUAUUCGCUCGAGCCCGACUUCGUGAGAGACUGUCUACUGGUAAAGAAAACGAGAGCUGAUGAAUAGCGAACGGAAGUCGAUCAUCUAACCAGAUCGGAAGCUGUGAACCGAGGACGUUCUCACGGCUAGAAGGUACGUACAUUUUGCUGAAACGAGUAGAAAUGCUUGGGCGUUGGGCGUGGUGCUGUUGAAGCGCUCGAUAAGGUGUUGUUCAGUGGGAGUUUACGAGACAAUACUUUUCACUUAACUAAGGAUUUACCAACCAACCGCUGUGUGAAUUUCUGUAAGCAGUAUCGGUGAAACUAUGCGGUGAUAUCCGAAGGAAUCCAACCAGAGAACAUACAUAUCAACUCAUAUCGUCUCUAUCGAACGACCACAAACAUCGACCAAACUAACAAAGCAUAUCAAAGCAAGAUGGAGGCUCAGCGAUGAUUCUGCCUCGUUCAAGGCAUAUCACAUGUCGAUGGAGCGUGAUCGACGAAACUCUUCAUCAUAUUCUGUUUUAAUUAAACUUUCCUAUAAACAUUACACCGAGUUAACGAACAAUUAAACCGACCUGUCAGAAGAAACCACCCCUGCUCUUCGUAACCAAGAAAACUUGAGAGAAGACAAGAUAGAACAGAGUGAGAGAAUGUUGCUGAGGUAACGCGACCUCUCGAGCCGGCUGAACAGCGAUCUUUAAUCGAACCGUGCUCGAACAACGAAGGUAUAGCAGGCGAAGAAGAGUUGUGGAUACUAAACAAGCCCAGGUCCAUAGACUGAGAGUCAAGCAUGGGUUUCCCCAGGAGGAGAUCACUGUGGUUGAAAGUGGCCAUUCUAGCCACGGCGGUCUGGGUCACCGUGUGCUUCCUCCUGUACACGGAGGACCGUGCCAACGCAGCUGUACAAGGCUUGGCACCGUCUGGCGUCGCGGCGCCUCAAAUGGCUAAUGGUUUCGUACCGGCAGCAGCGGCUCUCAGGAAAGAGACGCCGUUCAACGCGCAGCCCAAGGCAAAGAUUCAAGCUGGCCCGGAGCAAGGCGGCGGUGUGCUCGUUGCUCCCCGGGAACAAGAUCCGAGCGCGCCUGGAGAGAUGGGAAGACCCGUAAUUUUGCCAACGAAUUUGACUGCCGAAACUAAAAAACUCGUCGACGACGGGUGGCUAAACAACGCGUUCAAUCAGUACGUUAGCGACCUGAUUUCCGUUCAUAGAACACUGCCUGACCCCCGGGAUCCAUGGUGUAAAGAACCUGGAAGAUACUUGAAAGACCUUCCUCCCACAGCGGUGAUAAUUUGCUUCCACAACGAAGCUUGGUCAGUACUGCUGAGGACGGUACAUUCCGUGUUGGAUAGAUCACCGGAGCACCUCAUACAAGAAAUAAUUUUGGUAGAUGACUUCUCAGAUAUGCCACAUCUGCAGCGUCAACUAGAGGACUACAUGAUGAACUACCCAAAGGUACAGAUAAUCCGGGCGCAAAAGCGCGAAGGUCUUAUCAGGGCGCGUUUGCUGGGUGCAGCAGCGGCGAAGGCACCUGUCCUGACAUAUUUGGACAGCCAUUGCGAAUGCACCGAGGGCUGGUUGGAGCCGCUUCUCGAUCGUAUCGCUCGUGAUCCGACGACAGUCGUUUGUCCUGUGAUCGAUGUUAUCGACGACACCACGCUCGAAUAUCAUUGGCGGGAUUCCGGCGGUGUGAACGUGGGUGGGUUCGAUUGGAAUCUGCAGUUCAACUGGCACGCAGUCCCUGAGAGAGAGAAAAAAAGACACAAGAAUCCCGCGGAGCCUGUAUGGUCACCGACGAUGGCCGGAGGCCUCUUUUCGAUAGAUCGAGCUUUCUUUGACCGUCUCGGCACGUACGACAGUGGCUUCGAUAUUUGGGGUGGCGAGAAUCUUGAGCUCUCCUUCAAGACCUGGAUGUGCGGAGGUACCUUGGAAAUCGUGCCGUGCUCGCACGUGGGCCACAUCUUCCGCAAACGUUCGCCGUACAAGUGGCGCAGCGGCGUGAACGUGCUCAAGAGGAACAGCAUAAGGCUGAGCGAAGUGUGGCUGGACGAGUAUGCCAAGUACUACUACCAGAGGAUAGGUCACGACAAGGGCAAGUACGGAGACGUAUCGGAACGGAAGGCCUUGAGGAAGAAACUCGGCUGCAAGUCGUUCAAGUGGUACCUCGACAACGUUUAUCCGGAGCUGUUCAUACCUGGCGAGGCGGUAGCUUCCGGCGAGGUUCGUAAUCUUGGAGAAGGAGGUAACACCUGUCUGGAUUCGCCGGCACGCAAGGCAGACUUGCACAAACCGGCUGGACUCUAUCCAUGCCAUCGACAAGGUGGAAAUCAGUACUGGAUGUUGAGCAAGACUGGCGAGAUCCGUCGAGACGAGUCGUGCCUGGAUUACAGCGGCACCGAUGUCAUCCUCUAUCCUUGUCAUGGUAGCAAGGGGAAUCAACAAUGGAUUUAUAAUCAUCAGACGAAGCAAAUCAGACACGGCAGCAGCGACAAGUGUCUGGCAAUAACGGAGAGCAAGCAGCGGCUGAUCAUGGAAGAAUGUUCGGCAGCAGCAGCCAGACAGAGGUGGUCGUUCGAGAACUACGACCCAUCAAAGCUGUGAUAUCGCGCUUUAUCGCGUCAUCAGUCGAAAAGUCUCGGCCGAAGAUUCGAUCGUGCCGGUUCUUGGGUGCCUGUUCAACGUUAUUCCGUCGCUAAGACACGUUUCGGUAGAUAGACGCCGUGGUAUCGAGGCAACGAAUGCCUCGAAACACCGCCAGAUGCUCAAGAUCGAACACUAGACGAAGAAAAGGAACCACGGGGAAUUUAUUUGAGGAAGCUAUUCGUACGAAGAACCAUUGAGAAGUCCGAGUUGAAGAAGAGACACGUUCCAAAUGGCCGAUCUUCGGCUCUAACCUUUAACUGUAAGACAGACGAAGUGCAAUAGAAACGUCGUUUUAAGGAGUGAUCGAAGAGGGAUAUAGUCUCAUGGAUAAGCUGUAACCUGGUGUACAAUGAGAGAGUUGGGACACUCGAAGAGUGAUCGAGUGUCGAUACACACGCUCGAGGAUCGCUUUCGCUGGCAUUGAAGAAUUGAAAGCUUACCGAUGGACGAAAAGUACACGAAGGAACCUACGACUUUUUAAUCUUCCUUCUCUGCUAUUGGGUAGUGUUUAAAUGGAUAGUUGUUCUCUUCUCUUUUUACUUUCGUUGAUGGACUCACGCGUUUAUGUGGUUGUCGUUUCUUGAGAGAUUGGAUACUCGUGGUAUCGCUUGUAAUUAUCUGGAUGGUUGCUGACUUGAUUGUAUUUUCAUUCUAGUACUUGGAGAAUUUCUACGUUAAAUUAGAAACGGCAGAAUUCUUAGAGACAAUGAAAUAAAAAUAAGGAACAAUUGAAAAUAAUAAAAUUGAAUUUAGAAGCUUGAAAGAGUUAGUAUUAUUCCUAAAACAUCUUUGGUAUUGUAAUAUAUUUUGAAGUUAAUAUAUUCGGUAAUAAAGUACAGUACAUAUUCUCAAAUAAAAUAUAGUUCAAUGUUUUGUGCUAAGAACUAUGAAGAAGAAUAACUUUCCACUACAUAUUUUUCUCUCCGUAGAUUUUAUAUUUUCACAAUAUAAAUUCGCCAAAAGAGAGAGAGAGAGACUCGUGAACAUUCCAAAACAUAGAGAUCUCAAUCUUUGGAAUAAUUACAAGCGAUACUCCAUUCCUUGAUAGUAAAGCUAGUUUGUAGAAUCGUUGUGUUAAAGAUUCGAUUAAUUAGAUAUAAUGAUUACGUAUAGUAUUGCGCAAGUACUUACGAAUUGACAUGAUCUAUUGUUCGAUAAACAGAGUAUAAUUUAAGCCUAACGUUUAAGUGGCGGCGAAUACGCGUCAAUGCAUCAAUGACAGCGAAAAGCGUGUCAAAAGGGGAUAGGUUGUUGAAUUUUAUUCGGAGUUAAAUGGACGAACGCGGCCGUAUCGAUCUCUACGAAAGCCUCGAUCGUCGCUUUCAUCCGUAGCUCCGUUGUUUUAAGGAGGAUGGAGCGAUUUGUGUAAGCUGCUUACGGCGAGUGCCAUCUCAGAGACGACGUGGCGUUUCAGUUUCAUUGAAAAACGGCGGAUCGUUGAUUGUGAAUAACGGCUACGGCUUACCACUCGUACGAAUCCCUUCUUCGUGGAUGGUAGAAACAAACAGGAUUAUUCAUCUGAAGCAAAACAUAAAUCUUUCUUUCAAAGAUACAUAUGACGACAUCAAGAGAGACAAAAGAUAAUAUAUGUAUUAAACAAUUUAUUGCCUGUAAAAUACAUGUCUUUUCUUGUAUUAUUUUCAUUCCAAUUUCGAGGUUCGAGAUUACACUUCGAUGCUUUUAGAGUAGAACGUUCUAGCUUUCUAUUUUUGUAUCUUGAAAAUGAAAAAGAGGAUAAUACGAUAAAGUACGUAUGGAAGUGAAGACUUUAGAUAGUUUAAAAUCAGAAGAAAGUAGAAGAAACGAAGAAAGUGUAUCCAAAAUCUGUAUUUGUUCCUUUACAAGGAUAAACUAAAAAUAAUACUCGUAAUGCGACUGCUGUUAAUAAUGCUACAAUUUUAAGAUAAUGUUAACGAGAACGUACAUCUAUCGUACUUGAGAUACAUUAGGUUUAUCGUUGGAUUUGUUAAACAUAUCAAUUUAGUAAUUACCUCACUUGAAUACGUUAGACUUGAAGAUUUAUUUUGUUCUCGAUAGAAGAAAUUUCUUUGAUCUCAAAGAAACACGUUUUCAACGAAGUGAAACGAAAGACUUAUCUCGUCAUAUCUCCAGGAAAUUCUCGUAGUAAAAAUUACCUAAUCUACCAUAGAUAAAAUCAUUUAUGAAAUGUUCAAAUUCAUGGAUCAACGAUUCGCCGAUCGCCCUUCGUUUCUCUGUCGUAUUACACCGCUUACAGUAGCACCUUACAUUCCAGUUUCGACGCAAGAAACCAACGAUUCCAAAUUCUAGACAAACCUUCUUUUUCUAAUUAAUUUAGCACGUAGAUAGCGCGUAGGGACAGGCAAAAAAAAGAACGAACGAUUAAUGGUUCAUACAUUCCGAUUACGGUGUAGGGAGACUUUUGUACAUUCGUGUAAAGUAUCUUGAUGCCAGUUUAGAUACCGCCUAAAAUAAGUUUUCCGAGUGUAUGUGUGAGAGUAAGUAUCAGUUUCAGAGUGUAAGUCCUUUAGAAUCACGAACUCUCUUUAGCAGAAUUCGUGUAACCCUUCGUUGUCUGACGAUUCGCUGAUGGAAAUUUGAAAAGGAGAACUUGGUGGUAAUUUGAAAACUAGACAAUUACGAAAUUCCAUACAUCAAUUCGUUGUUUUAUUUGGCAAUAAAUAAAAUAUAAUAAAACUCCAAUUUAUUUGCAAGAUAAAAUUUCGAAAUCUGGACAAAGAUGUCACAUUUUCGGAUGAUAAAAAUUGUUUUUUAGAUACGUAGAAAGUAUAUUAUUCGUACAGAACAUAUCAUUAUGAAUUCGAUAUCAACCUAAACGAUUAAGAUUAACGAACAGUUCUCCUGUAACAAAAGACAAUAAAGGGUUAAUAAUCAAGAUUCCAGUGAAGAGCGCAAUCUGCAGGUGUCUGCGCGUGCCAACGAAAUCGUAAAUACCGCGAGGAACAUUGUACAAUAUCACGAUAUCUCGAUCGUCAUCGAUUUCCUCAUCAAUCACAGUCAGCAUCAUUAGAAAAUUUGUCGUUGAAAGAACGAGCCAUGUUUCCUGAGAAAUACAUCAAGACAAUAUAGAAUAACCGUUAGCUCAGUCUAAUCCUCAUAAUGGGUCAUUGAUUCACCAAUAAUAAACAUUCAUCGAAAUUGAAACCAGAGUGUGAGUGCAUUUAAUAAUCCAUUAAGCGAAUGUUAUAAAUCGCGAAUAAUCAAUCAGAAAAAUAUUGCAAUAAGCGUUCAAUCGAACACGAUCGACGAUAGCGAUUUUUCGUUCCGAACGUUUCAAAUUUCGCGCCUAUUUGCGGCUUGAAAUAUCGGCUAUAGAACGACACCGUAGAAAUGUUCCCAGAGAAUGAAUAUAUAAGAAGAGAAAGGAAAUAUCGACCAAUAUGGUCGUGAUUUCUUCAUGGAUAAUUAAGCAAAAGGGAAAUACGUAUAUAUAUAUAUAUAUAUAUUUAUGAUUAUAAAUAUAGAUUUAAGACGAUGUAAAAGUUUAUCUUUGACAAUGCCGAUGAACGGACGAAUGAAAAUUCAACGAGAACAUUUAUACAUAUAUUAUAAAUAUAAAUAUAAAUAUAAAUAUAUAUAUAUAUAUAUAUAUAUAUAUGACAUUUUCUACAUUUGGUAGGGAUGUUGCAUGUCGAACGAACGAGACGAAGACACGAUGAUGAUAAAACGAUAAGAGAUGUAAUAUUGGAUAGCCGAGCGACGUAUGGUCGCACGUUAAUUAAUGUAAUAUCGAACGUGCCUUAUUUCCUGUAUAUAUACAUAUAUGAAUAUUAUUAUCAUUAUUAUUAUUAUCAUUAUUACCGAACCUCUAUCGUAACGUGCAAGUAUUUGUGUUGAAUAAAUCGAUGUUGUUUUACGUUAAUACCGUGAGGAUCGAUCAUUAUUCUUGUCUGUUCACUCGGUCAUCCGUUUCUCCCGUUAGGCUGAUAGAAAAGUGGUGGGACACGAGAAUAUUUUGAUUUAUUGGAAGGAUGUUUGAAAAUAAAAUUAACGUGGACGAAGAGA